GGGGGCGUCUUCAAUUCUCGUCUCUCUUUUUCAAAACAAGCUUGUUGCUCGUCCUAAACUUUAGCUAACAAGCAGCUAACACGCAUUUUCUGAGGUAGUUUGUGGAAAGGGGGGAACGCAAGCAGAUAAGUAAUUAAUUCAUGUUCGUGUUUAGUGAUGGAGUCUUGCGAAAAGUUGCCGACUUGUUUGAGUCGCUUUCGGUGAGUUUUCGUGCUCUACUCGAAGCUUCAAAGCAAGUUAGCUUAGCUUCAAGCCGCCCAACAACAACAACAAGCAAAAAAGUCCCUUUCAACCGCCAGAAACAUCGAGAAAUUCAUUCUGGUUUCCCUGACAGCAACGCAGCUAAAAUGUCCAUUUUAGGCUUAAAAAAGAAAACGCCGAAGACGUUCAAAGUCAAAGUUACCACCAUGGAUGCUGAGAUGGAAUUCAGUUGUGAGGUGAAGUGGAAAGGCAAAGACCUUUUUGACCUAGUGUGUCGUACGGUGGGCUUGAGGGAGACCUGGUUCUUCGGUCUUCGCUGCACCGUCAAGGGCACGUAUGCGUGGCUCAAACCUGACAAACGAGUCUUGGACCAGGAGAUUCCUAAAGACUCGCCCAUCACAUUUCACUUCCUGGCCAAAUUCUUUCCAGAGAAAGUUGAGGAAGAGCUCGUCCAAGAAAUCACACAGCACCUCUUCUUCUUACAGGUGAAAAAACAAAUCUUGGAUGAGGAGAUUUUCUGCUCUCCCGAAGCUUCUGUUCUUCUGGCCUCGUAUGCCGUCCAAGCCAAAUACGGCGACUACGACCCCAACUUCCACAAGCCGGGUUUCCUGGCGCAGGAUGAACUUCUCCCCAAAACAGUGCUAAUGCAGUACCAGAUGACAGCAGACAUGUGGGAGGAGAAGAUCACGGCCUGGUAUGCCGAGCACCGGGGCAUCGCCAGGGACGAGGCAGAGAUGGAAUACCUGAAGAUCGCUCAGGACCUCGAGAUGUACGGCGUCAGCUAUUUCGACAUCACCCAAAACAAGCGCGACACGGACCUGCUGCUGGGCGUGGACGCGCAGGGUCUUCAUAUCUACAGCCCCAACAGCAAGCUCACCCCCAACAAGUCUUUUCCAUGGAGCGGCAUUCGCAACAUCUCCUACAGCGAGAAAGAGUUCACCAUCAAGCCUCUGGACAAGAAGAAAGACGUCUUCAAGUUCUACUCGUCUCAGCUGCGAGUCAACAAGCUGAUCCUGCAGCUGUGCAUCGGCAACCACGAUCUGUUCAUGCGGAGGAGGAAGGUGGACUCCAUCGAGGUGCAGCAGAUGAAGGCGCAGGCCAAAGAGGAGAAGGCCCGCAAGAAGAUGGAGCGGCAGAUCCUGUCACGGGAGAAGCAGAUGCGGGAGGAGGCUGAGCGAGCCAAAGAGGAGAUGGAACGGAGGCUAUUCCAGCUGCAGGAUGAGGCGCGUCUGGCCAACGAGGCGCUGCUACGCUCGGAGGAGACGGCCGAUCUGCUGGCGGAGAAAGCUCAGAUCGCCGAGGAGGAAGCCAAGCUGCUGGCUCACAAGGCGGCCGAGGCCGAGCAGGAGCGCCAGAGGUUGGAGGUCAACGCCAUGAAGACCAAAGAGGAGAAGAGGCUGAUGGAGCAGAAGAUGAGGGAGGCCGAGCAGCUGGCCGUCAAGCUGAUGGAGCAGUCGGAGAGAAGACUGAAGGAAGCCGACCACCUGAAGCAGGACCUCAGCGAGGCCAGGGACGCCGAGAGGAGGGCCAAGCAGAAACUGCUGGAGAUCACCAAGACCACCUACCCGCUGAUAGCGGCCUAUUCAGCUCCUCCCUCCGCUAGCGUUCCCGCACCCGCCUCAACUCCCGCCGCCGCGCCCCCGGAAGCCGACCCGGCCUACGAAGGCACGUCGUCGCGUCUGGACUUUAAAGACUCUGACAUGAAGAGGCUCUCCAUGGAGAUCGAGCGCGAGAGGUUGGAGUACAUGGAGAAGAGCAAACAUCUUCAGGACCAACUGAAGGAACUCAAGACUGAGAUUGAGUCUCUGAAGCUGGAGGAGCAACAGCAGCAGCAUCUUCAUCAUCAUCCUCACGAGCAGGUGUACACGCUGCACGACGCCAGGGCUUACAUGCCGGAACCGCUCUACAUUCCUCACGCCAACAGAAACGCGGCCUACGCGUGUCAUAUGGCCUUCUUGGAGGAGGUUUGAGGAAGAGCAGCAAGGAGAGGGUCGGCACUGACCCGCGUGGGACACCAAAAGACUUUUUGGGAUUUUCUCCCGUCUUUGUGGACAGGUGCCUUUUUGUUGUAUUCGAUUGGCGUUUGUACAAGACAGCCGCCGCCUUUCAAGGCAACUCCUUCCAUCAUCGUUGGCCCCUCCUCCCUUUUCGCUCGUCUUCUCCACACGCGUCCUCGGGUUCACGCCCGCGAUUUUUGCCUUUGCGCUCAUCUUUGAUCGACGGGUGCCAUUUUGUCGUCGUCGGCACGACCUCACAUCGACACUCUGGACUCAGCCGCCUCGUCUUUUUUGCUACAAUUCAGUUUUGCUCCUAAAUUUUGUUUCAUUUCAACACUACGGUGACCUUUUGUUGUGUUUUUACUUGAUGACUCAGUUUUGAAUGACUGAAUUUCUUUGCAAAGCAUUUUCUACCAUACGCAUCAUUUCAAAAGAAUUUGUGACAAUGCGC